AAUUUAUGUGGAUGUGUGAUCAUGAGCCAAAGAGCAUUGAAAGAAGGAAGGAGGGACGGUAGAGAGACACAGAGUCAAAAGAGAUCUAAAUCUGAGAUGAAGAAAGCAGAGCUUGUGUUCAUCCCAAGCCCAGCGAUCGGUCACCUUGUAUCAAUUGUAGAGUUCGCGAAGCGCCUUAUCGAUCGAGAUGAUCGAUUCUCCAUCACCAUCCUUGUCAUCAAAUUCAAAUCCUCCACCCGGCCAAACAUUGACUCCUACACCAACUCACUCUCCGCCUCCCAACCACUCAUCCGACUCAUUGAGCUCCCUCAACUCAAUCCACCCAAAUCACCUGAACUCGCCAAAACCCCUGCAAACUAUAUCACUCUUUACAUAGAAAGUUUCAAACCCCACAUCAAACACGUCCUCGGUAACCUCAUCGGGUCGACUCACUCUCACCCUAACUCGCCCCGACUCGUUGGGUUAGUCCUCGACUUCUUUUGCAUUUCCAUGAUUGACGUUGGCAAUGAACUCGGUCUUCCUUCUUAUCUAUUCUUGACCUCCGGUGCUGCGUUUCUUGGCCUCAUGCUAUACAUCCCAACUCGCCACGACCGGGUCAGCACCGAGUUCAGCGAAUCGGAUCCUGAGUUUUUGAUUUCGGGUUUUAUCAACCCAGUUCCUCCACGAGUUUUGCCCUCCGCAGUGUUCAACAAGGACGGUGGUUACGCUGCUUAUCUCAAGCUUGCAAAAGGGUUUAGGGACGCCAAGGGCAUUAUAGUAAAUACAUUACUGGAGUUGGAAUCCCAUGCUAUUAGCUCAUUUUGCGAUGAUCAAACCCCUCCUAUCUACACCGUAGGACCGGUGAUUGAUGCGAAGGGUGAGGCCCAGAACAAGCUAGGUUCCCCAGGGUCCCACAGUAAGAACAACAACAUAAUGAAAUGGCUUGAUGAUCAAGAUCCAUCGUCGGUGGUGUUCCUGUGCUUCGGGAGCAUGGGGACAUUCGGUGCGCCCCAACUCAGAGAGAUAGCUCAAGCGCUGGAGCGCAGCGGGCAUGGGUUCUUGUGGUCCAUUCGUCUACCACCAACAACAACACCACAAGGAAAAGCUGGGACUCCGGAGGAGGAGAUGUUGCCAGAUGGGUUCAUCGAACGGACCAGAGGGAAGGGGAUGGUGUGUGGGUGGGCCUCACAGGCGGAGGUACUGGCCCACAAAGCGAUCGGAGCGUUCGUGUCGCACUGCGGUUGGAACUCGAUCAUGGAGAGCUUGUGGAACGGUGUGCCUUUGGUGACGUGGCCAAUGUACGGUGAACAACAGCUCAACGCGUUCACGAUGGUGAGGGAGUUGGGAGUGGCGGUGGAGAUGAGGUUGGGCUAUCGCGGCGGUGGAUUUGGCGGUGACGGUGGUGACCUUGUGAUGGCCGAUGAGAUAGAAAGAGCGGUGAGGAGUGUGAUGGUAAGUGACAGUGAUGUGAGAGAGAAGGUGAAAGAGAUUGGAGAGAAGAGCAAGAAGGCGUUGGUGGAGGGUGGAUCUUCAUUCAACAUGAUCGGAAGGCUGAUGGAGGAUAUGUUAGUGAAUGUUUUCUUGUGGUCCAUUCGUCUACCACCAACAACAACACCACAAGGAAAAGCUGGGACUCCGGAGGAGGAGAUGUUGCCAGAUGGGUUCAUCGAACGGACCAGAGGGAAGGGGAUGGUGUGUGGGUGGGCCUCACAGGCGGAGGUACUGGCCCACAAAGCGAUCGGAGCGUUCGUGUCGCACUGCGGUUGGAACUCGAUCAUGGAGAGCUUGUGGAACGGUGUGCCUUUGGUGACGUGGCCAAUGUACGGUGAACAACAGCUCAACGCGUUCACGAUGGUGAGGGAGUUGGGAGUGGCGGUGGAGAUGAGGUUGGGCUAUCGCGGCGGUGGAUUUGGCGGUGACGGUGGUGACCUUGUGAUGGCCGAUGAGAUAGAAAGAGCGGUGAGGAGUGUGAUGGUAAGUGACAGUGAUGUGAGAGAGAAGGUGAAAGAGAUUGGAGAGAAGAGCAAGAAGGCGUUGGUGGAGGGUGGAUCUUCAUUCAACAUGAUCGGAAAGCUGAUGGAGGAUAUGUUACUCAAUGUUUGAUUGCCACGCGGCAGAGCAUUUGCCAAUUUCACAAUAAAGUAAAGGUAAUUAAUUUCUCAAUGUUUGUAACGGAAAAGUUGUUUGUUGGUAUUGAAAAUCGUCACGGAGUGUACUGUGUAGAAUGAUUAAAAAAAUAUAAAAAGAGUAAUGCUAUAAAUUUUAAAUAAUUUAUUAAAUAUUUUAUUAAAUUUUUUACAUGUGUAACGUUACACACAAAUUUACAUGUGUGUAACUUUCACAAAAUUUGAUAAAAUAUUUUGUAAAUUAUUUAGAAUAUCUAACAUUAUUCAUAUAAAAAAAUAUGAUAAAGUGUAAUUGAUGUGUAAUAUGAUAAUGCUGCACUUUAAACCAACCAA